AUGGUAAAGAUCCCAAGAACUGAGAGAGUCUGGAUUGGGGCAGAUCUGAAUGGACAUGUGGGUGGUGGAGCGCAAGGAUAUGGAGACAACAUCGGUAAAUUUGGGUUUGGAACGAGGAACGAAGAAGGGCAGACCAUCCUAGACUUUGUGGCGGCAAACAACCUGGCGGUCACAAACACCUAUUUCAAGAAGAAGGACUCGAGGAAGAUCACCUACACAAGUGGUGGUGUGAACUCCCAGGUGGACUAUGUCAUAUGCAGGAGAAGUGAGCUGAAAAGAGUACAGGACUGCAAGGUGCUGCCAGGUGAAGCGGUUGCGAAGCAACACAAAGUGGUCAUCUGUACAGCGACCAUGAAGACAGAGACAAGGAAGAAACCGGACAGAACCAGGAAGACAAGAUGGUGGAAACUGAAUGAGCAGGAGCACAGGGAAAAGUUUGUGGAGAAGGUCAGGGAAGGUAUGGAAGCACAGGCAGAGAAGACGUGGGCGGAGUCCAGCAGAGUGCUGACUGAGACGGCAAAGGAGGUCCUUGGCGUGACAUCUGGAAAACCAGGAAAGAAGGAAGAGACAUGGUGGUGGGGAGAGGAAGUCCAAGACGCAGUGAAAGAAAAGAAGGAGGCGAAGAAACAGAGAGAUCUGAAUAGAUGUGAAGAGACAAUCGAAAGGUACAAGGCGGCGAACAAAGCUGCGAAGAGAGCUGUUGCAAAAGCCAAAUCGGAAGCGUACAAAGAUCUAUACGACAGUCUGAAGGACGACGAGGAAGGCCAAAGGAAAGCGAUCCGGAUUGCAAAACAGAAGAACCGAGAAUCCCAAGAUGUCUAUCAGAGCAAGCAGAUGAAAAACACAGACGGAGCGAACCGUGGAAGCAAGAGCAGAGACUGA